ACCACCAGUCAGAUAUACUGGCAGCACUUUUUUGAAAUGUCAACUUCUGUCAAAAAUGAGUUUGAGGUGAGGAUUGACUGGACUGAUAAGAAAAAGAUGUCUGCAUCAAAAGUUAUUAGAGUCUUUGUUUAUGGAACACUCAAGAAAAACGAACCAAAUCACCAUUGGCUAACGACUCCCAGCAAUGGUGUUUCAAAAUUCAUUUCCUGUGGACAAACGGUUGAGAAAUUUCCACUUGUUAUAGGGACACGUUACAAUAUUCCAUUUCUAUUGGAUAAAAAAGGAACGGGUAACAAUAUUUGUGGAGAAAUCUAUGAAGUUGAUGAAUCAAUGUUUAGCAAGUUGGAUGAAUUGGAAGAUUAUCCAAAACACUAUGAUCGUGAGAUUCAAGAAAUCAAAGCUAGUGAUGGAAGUAUUAUUCCCUGUUGGUUAUAUUUGAUUCGUAACUUUCCAGAAGUAUUAUUAACACGUAAAUUCUUGACUUCAUAUACCGAUAGUGAGGAACAACAAUACUGUGAAAGUGACUCGGAAGAAAUGUCUCGGGAUGAAAUGUUGAGUGAUAUGACAAUAAACUAUGAGAAGUAAACUUUGUGGAAGUAUUGUGCAAUUAUUAAGUUUUAAAAGAUCAAUAAAAUAUAUUUUUUGUAAACAUUGUUAAA